AUGUUCACUUUGUUCGAGGAAACUGAUGGACCUCGUCUUUUCUCAUUCUCCAAGGCUGCAAUUUUCAUAUUCGUGUGUCUGUCAUCAUUAUUGAAUACUUCCACUCUGAUGGUAGAUGCUGCAUCAGGUGCUUAUUCCUAUUACGAUGUAUUGGGAGUGUCCAAGACGUCCUCUCAACAAGAAAUCAAAAAGGCAUACCGCAAACUUGCGCUGAAGAAUCAUCCAGACAAGGGAGGGAAGGAAGAAGACUUUAAGGAAAUCAGCAGGGCCUACGAGGUUUUGUCAGAUGAGCAGCAAAAGGAAGUUUAUGAUGCCUACGGGGAAGACGGAGUUGCGGCAGCAGCCAAUGGUGGCAACCCCGGUGGAACAAAUCCAUUUGGGGCUGCUUUUGGUGGCGGAGGCGAUCGACGCAGUGACUUUCAAGCCUUUUUCAAUUCGGCAGGAGGGGUACCGGGUGGCUUUGGUGCAUCUCAAGGUUUUUCGUUUGGUGAUGGUAGAAGCAAUGGCGCCGGUGGUGUCAAUAUUGACUUGUCGGAUAUUUUAAAUCAAAUGAUGGGGGAUGGUGCUGCCAACAUGUUUCAGCAGCAACAACAAUCAUCGUUCGGCCAACAGGGUCCUCGACCGAGCAACAGCCGGAAGAAGAAGCAAUACACCAAAAAGGUCUCUUGCACUCUUGAAGAGUUGGCCACUGGCGCUAGUAAAAAACUCAAGCUGAACUUUGGGCCUGCCUUGGGAGAAAAAUUAUAUUCUAUUCAACUGCAAAAGGGAUGGAAGGCGGGUACCAAGAUUACGUUUGCUGGCAAGAAUGGAUUCCCAACCAUGACAUUUGUGGUGGAGGAAGCCAAGCACAAGUACUUGCGUCGGGAGGGAAACGAUUUGCACUAUACUUGUCGAAUAUCCGAAUCACAGACCAAGGGAGGUAUUACACUGAAGGUUCCAUUGCCGACUGGUGAAGUGUGGACCAAAUCCAUUCCCAAGAAGAAGCACAACGACAAGAAUGAUAAAACCAAAAAGAAUGAUAAAACCAAAAAGGUGGUAUCGCAUGGCCAAAAGAUGGUGGUUCCACAGCAAGGCAUGCCCAUCAAGGGAGGACCCGAACGGGGAGAUUUGAUUAUUGAGUUUCGAGUGAAGCGAUCCACCAACACGAGCGACGGCAGCAGUGAGAACAAGGGUAAUGAUACGGCAGCUGCAGCCUGA